AAAAACCACUAGUGGCUUCUCUGAUGCUCUGGGAAGAGUAAAAAAAAAUGAAGAGAAAAAAUUAAGGGAUUUGAUAUUUCAAAACAUUGAAUUGCUGCAUUGGGCAGAAGCGGAAAAUAAUUUUUAGCUGGAUAUGCUGCGUCAAAGACUGCAGUUUCCACUAACGACUCUGAGCGCCGCUGUCGGACAGCACAGAGGCAGAGCUGAAAUAGAUCCAUUUACUAGAGCUUCCUGCUGGGCGAUUCUCUGCACAGUCACAGGGAUCACAUCUUAAAGGAGAGUGUGUAUUCAGUCCCUGGCACUAGCUACACCGGAGAUCCUGCACGGAUCCGUCGCCACACACGGUAGGGGUUCUUACCUUUAGUUGCAGAGAUUCUUAGAAUCUCAGUAACAGCUGGAAACGCGAAACCAGGCCUCCCUGAGUUGGAGAGAAAACUGGAUAGAUAAAGAAGAAUGGAAAACCAGGCAGACAGAGUACUGAAGCCGCAGGUACUGUUUCCCUUCUUGGUGUCUUUGUUCUGUCUAGCGCUUUCUGAGCAAAUCCGCUAUUCUAUUCCAGAAGAAAUGGCGAAAGGAUCUGUGGUUGGGAACCUUGCUAAGGAUUUGGGGCUGGAGGUCCAGGACUUGCGGAGUCGGAAACUGCGGGUUAGUGGAGAGAGAGAAUACUUUACUGUAAGCUCAGAGAGCGGGGAACUAGUGAUCAGAGAAAGAAUAGACCGAGAGCAGCUAUGCGAGAAAAAGCCUAUGUGUGCCCUCGAUUUCGAAACAGUCGCUGAGAAUCCACUAAAUUUUUUUCAUAUAACAGUGGAGAUAGAGGAUAUUAAUGACCAUUCACCACAAUUCAGUCAAGAUGCCUUUGAUUUGCAAAUAAGCGAAUCUACUCUGCCAGGGGCCAGAUUUAUUCUUGUAACAGCACAGUAUGCAGAUGUCGGCAUCAACUCUCUUCAAAAAUACCACCUCAGUCCCAACACUGAUUUUUCACUAGUGAAUAAACAGAAUAAAGAUGGCAAUAGGUACCCAGAACUGGUAUUGGAGAAAUCCCUGGAUCGGGAGACGCAGAGUUCUCAUCAAUUGUUCCUGACUGCUGUGGACGGUGGAAACCCUGCUCAAAGCAGCACCGCUCAGAUCAGGAUCAAGGUCACAGAUGCUAAUGAUAAUGCCCCAGUCUUCAGCCAGGACGUCUAUAGAGUCAGUCUUCCAGAGAACCUGCCCCGGGGCUCCUCCGUGCUGCAAGUGAUGGCCACAGACAAAGAUGAGCUGGUCAACGCAGAAAUCACCUUCUCUUUCCGAAGCACAGGUCAAGACUACUGGCACGUAUUUGAUCUAGACGUUAAUAGCGGGAAAAUUACAACUGCAGAGAGUAUCGAUUUUGAAAAAAACAAAGACUACUCAUUGGUGGUGGAAGCAAGAGAUGGAGGUGGACUGGUUACUCAGUGCACAGUUGAAAUUGAAGUUUUGGACGUAAAUGACAAUGCUCCAGAGGUUGUAUUACAAUCCAUCCCCUCUGUAAUUCCAGAGGACAUUUUGCCCAGCACCGUGAUUGCAUUGAUCAAAACACGUGAUAAAGACUCUGGACCCAAUGGAGAGAUCUCUUGCAAAAUAAAAGGUAAUGUCCCAUUUAAAAUAUCCUCUUCUUCAAAAAACGCUUACAAAUUAAUGACAGAUGGGCCCCUGGACAGAGAACAGAUUCCAGAGUAUAACAUCACCGUGAUUGCCAUAGACAAAGGAAGCCCCUCUUUAUCCACCAGCAAAAUCCUCACCCUGGUUGUUGGUGACGUUAAUGAUAACCCUCCUGUUUUCCUACUCCCUUCUUAUGUCGUUUACGUCCCAGAAAACAACCCCUCUGGAGCCUCCAUUGCUGGAGUCUCGGCCUCUGACCCAGACCUAGGGGAGAAUGGCCGUGUGUCCUAUUCCAUCAUCGGCAGUGACCUAGGUCCUGUGCCACGAUCCUCUUAUGUGUCUGUCAGUGGCCACAACGGGGACAUUUUCGCUCAACGCUCAUUGGACUAUGAGCAGGUCCGAACCUUCGAGGUGAUUCUGCAGGCCUGUGACUUGGGCUGUCCCUCCCUCUGCGCCAAUGUUACCCUGCAGGUGUUCAUCUUGGAUCAAAAUGACAAUGCCCCAAACAUCCUCUACCCUACUUUGGAUCCAGACAGCUCAGCCCUCUUCGACAUGGUCCCUCGCUCAGCUGAACCAGGCUACCUAGUCACCAAGGUGGUGGCAGUGGAUGCUGACUCUGGACACAAUGCCUGGCUGGCCUAUCACAUAUUGCACACCACGGAUCCGGGGCUUUUCAGCCUGGGGCUGCGAACAGGUGAGGUCCGGACCACACGGGCUUUAACUGAACGAGACUCUAUCCGACACCGACUUCUGGUCUCUGUGCAGGACGGGGGGCAGCCCCCAAUGUCGGCCACUGUAGCUCUGCACCUGGUCUUUGCAGACAGCCUGCAGGAGGCUCUACCUGAGAUGAAAGAGGAACACUCUGAUACAUUAUUAGACCCUCAAUCUGAGUUACAGUUCUACUUGGUAAUAGCUUUGGCUCUAGUCUCAGUACUAUUUCUUGUCACAGUGAUUCUGGCCAUCACACUGCGUCUUCGGAAAUCCUCCAGUCCCAAAGUGUGGGGUUGUUUGCAGCCAAAUAUUUGCUCUAAGUCUGGACCCAGUCUUCCCGCAAACUACAGCGAGGGUACUUUGCCUUACUCCUACAAUCUCUGUGUGCCCACGGACCAGGGAAAGACAGCGUUUAACGUCCCCAAAUGCAAUGGUGCCUUAAAUCCAGGACAAGAUCUCCUUUCCUUUGAUUUAUUUCGGUCUUCAUAUCCUCCUUUUGGCGUCAGCGAUGCAACUUCCUACCCUGAGACUCUAGUUAUGCAAGCCCCGCCCAACACGGACUGGCGUUUCUCUCAGGCCCAGAGACCUGGCACCAGUGGCUCCCAGAAUGGUGAUGAAGGAGGCACCUGGCCCAAUAAUCAAUUUGAUACAGAGAUGCUUCAGGCAAUGAUCCUGGCUUCUGCCAAUGAAGCUGCUGAUGGAAGUUCGACCCUUGGUGGGGGUGCAGGCACCAUGGGGCUGAGUGCCCGCUACGGGCCCCAGUUCACCCUGCAGCACGUGCCUGACUAUAGGCAGAAUGUGUACAUCCCGGGCAGCACUGCCACCUUGGCCAAUGCUGCUGGGAAGAGAGAUGGCAAGGCCCCUGCAGGCGGCAAUGGAAACAAGAAGAAAUCUGGCAAGAAGGAGAAGAAGUAGGGUCAGCAUUAGGUCCCAAGCACAGGGCCACAGGGCAAACCCUUCCCACCGAUCCAAUCCAGCCUCCCUCCAGUUCCCUGAGUCCUCCGAAUAUAGGGGAUCACCCUCAGGCUGCUGGUGGGAGCUAUGGUGACCCCUCCCUGUUGGGAAACACAAAUAAGUGCCCUGUGAAUACCCUCUUCUGUGCCUCCAAAGGGAUUGAAUAUGCAAAGGGGGUACUGCCAGGAGUCCCCAAUACAAAUGCUGUGCCCAUGGGAACAGUACGGAGAUUCAUAUGUAACCCCCCUCCUUUCUUCCAUCCCUAGCUUAGAAGCCCCCAGUUACAUUUUGGCUCCCUAUACAUUCCCUGCCCCCUCCCCCAAUCAGUUAGGCUGACUCUGUCUCCCACUCCCAAACUUCUAACCUCCCCCUCCCUUCUUUUUGGUAUUAUGGGUGUUAUGAGACCUUAGGCUGAGUGGCCUUCAGAUCUGGGGAGCAGGGGCAGAACUGUGCUCAUCUCCCACCUGUGGAGAGUUGUGGGAGCACAGUGACCUCUAACUCCCCCUUUUUAAAUCAACUUCAAAUAUUUUAACUUCUCUACUUUUACAUGGACUGGGUUUGGGGAAAAAUCUUCCGCCCUCAGCCUUUGCCCAAGGCCCCAGUGAACAGGGACCAGGGUUGAGUUAUGGGACCGUGGUCUGCAGAGCUCCUCAUCUCCUAUUCUUUCUCCUCCCCUCAGCAAAAGAAUCCAUUGCAUGUUGGGAAAUAGCAUGGCAUGGUGGGAUGAGUAGGUUGGGUAUAGGGAUGGGGGGGACCUUUCCACUAGAAAGAAAGAAAAAUCUUCAGUCAGGGUCUUAAAGGAGGGGUUGUGGGUCCUCUUACUUCCAGCUCCCACUAGUUACUGGUUGGGCUCCGUGAACUAAUCAAGCUCCUAUAUUCUAUGACUGUCACGGAGCCAAGCACCUUGGACAAGAGAGCCCUGGGUUGGACCUGGUCCCCUGGAUACAAAGCCUCCUGCUUCUGGCUCUGGGGUAUGUCACCUUGGUCAUAGCGGAUUUAAAGGGAAUCAAAUGGCAUCAAAGUAAGAUUGAGCUCUUGGGCCUGGUGUAUAUGUACAUGGGGAUACGUCUGUGGUCAUGUGUAAGUGGGGGGGGUAACGAAGCGGGGAGGUAAUUCAGGCUAGGUCAUCUGAACAUAGACAAAGUUGCCACGGAUGAUCCAGGCAUAUGAAUACUCUCUUAUUUAUCAGGUAGGAUAAGCAGAAAGAGCCAGUGUUGGCCAGUUCCGGGGCAGUUUGGCCAGUAUAGGAAGCCACGCACACCCUCCUCCCAAAGUUCCUGCAUGAUGGUCAGACAGAUAUCAUGUUCUCUAUCCCUAAACACUAGGAAAGAGACCCAGGACCAGAGAGACAGAUGGUCAGGGGAGGGAGCAGGGGCUCUCCUGUAGUCCCCCAUGAAGUCCAUCUUCCCUCACCCUCUCAGGUGCCAUUUAUUCUACUUUGCCAUUCCCACUGCUUAAAUCUCCACCUUCAUAUAGUCCUGACCCUGGCCCAACUGGGGCUGUACUAGUCCUGUUUACACAAAGGAGACCCUCCCACAUUUCACGACCCUUUAGUGUAGUGAGUAGUGACCCUGACCACAACCUUCGAGCCGGUGUAGAGUAACCUGUGUGUAGCUAGUGCUGUGUGCUUGCUUCUGUGACUAUGACGAGGGGACGGCAGUACUGGGGCUUUGUCUCUGUCUGCUCCCGCUCUGUCCUGUGCUUUAUGCCGUGUCUGUGUGCUACAGCUCCCCCUCCCAGCCCAGUCUCGCUUUCCCAGUACUGAUCCCUUCUAUAGACAGCUUCUCUCGAAUAGCCACCGUAGCUCCCCACCCCAUAUACGCAAGUUUUAUACUCUAAUAUUUAUAUAGCUUUUUUCUUUGGGAAAAAUAAUAAAAUGGUUUCUUCUGAA